AUGAAAAGCCCUCUCAAACUCAGUUUUCAGGUCAAAAAAAUCCUCAAAAAAAACGACCUGCAAAAUUUCAAAAAAAUCGAGUUCAAGAGAGGCGGAGUCUAUGGCUCAGAAAGAAAAACAAUUCUUCAUUUAGCUGCGAAAUACUGCACAAACCACACAAUACCCAAAUAUUUAAUUAAGAAAAAGAAGGUGCAGCUGGACACCAAGACAAAGAAAUCUUUGUCGACUGCGCUUCAUUAUGCAUGCAGAUCAGGAAAUUGACUAAUUGCCAAAUAUUUAUUAAAAUGUGGAUGUGAUAUCAAUAGGCUAAGGAGAGGCAAUCAGAGCUCAAUAUUGCUAUCAGUAAGAUACAAUUGGCUUGGAAUUACCAAAUUACUAAUUUCAAAAAAGGCUGAUAUUAAAAUCAAAGACAAAAGAAAUUGGAACUUAGCACACUGGGCAUCAUAUAAUGGAAACUUAAAAAUGCUGCAUUUAUUAGAGAAAUCAGGAGUUUCUUUACAUGAUGUCACUGAUAAUGGCGAAACUUGCCUUCAUUUGGGUGUUUGGAGUGGAAAUCUUGAGUGUGUAAAAUAUCUAUUGACAAAAAUUUCUAUAUGAGAAUCUGCAAAAAAUGGGUCAAUUCUUGAAUAUUGCCGAGGAAAUUGAAGCCUUUUAUCAUGACUUUUGUUUAAUACUAAAUGAAGUGAAGUCCCAGUACUCGAAAUUCUUUUAUCAAUAAAUUGCCCAAGAGACCUGAUACUUAAGCACGUUUUCAAUGAAUUAAAUAUUAGUUUUAUUUUUAGAUAUGACCGAGAUGACUUAUUAAAUGAUAUCUAUGAAAAGAGCAAGGUCCCGCUUGAGAAAAUGCUUAUGAUGAAUAUGCCUGAAAAGUGUAAAAGCAUGGCUUUUAAGCUGAUUAAAUGGGGUAAAGUCAAAGGACUCAUUUUUAUUUAUUUAAUUUCCAAAAAAAAUCAUAUGAUAUUUGGGAAAAUUCCCAAAACCCUUAUUCAAGAGAUGGCUGAAUAUUUAGAAUAA